AUGGGCGCAUGUAUGUCGGCACCCGCAGGGGUCGAGAUAUCGGAGCAAGACAGGAUUUUGCAUAGGGAAGCAGAGAAACAGCUCAAAGAAGCGAAGGCCAAGUUGUCAGCCCAGGUCAAGGUUCUUCUUCUUGGCUCAGGAGAUUCAGGGAAGUCUACUAUCCUCAAGCAAAUGCGCCUGAUACACAAGGUCCCAUUUUCGGCUCAAGAAAUUGAACAUUAUCGACAGCUGGUAUUUGACAACCUCACCCGAGGACUGCGAUACCUUCUGGACGCCAUGGAGGACAUGGAGCUCACCGUUUCAGACGAGAACCUUCCGCACUUGGAGCUGAUUGAUGGUGUCAGAGAUAUCCGUGAUGGAGAACCUUUCCCUGUUGCCUACUAUGUGCCGCUCAAAUCCCUAUGGUCGGACCCUAACGUGCAAAAGGCAUGGGCCAGAGGAAACGAGGCUGCUCUGCCGGAGAAGCAAGUCGCCCGUCCUUCAUUCAUCCAUUAUUCUAAUACAUUUCUUAGUCUUUCCUACUUUUAUGCAGACCUCGAGCGAUUGUUCGACCCAGCCUAUCAACCUACCGAGCAGGAUAUCAUUCGUUGUAGGGCGCGGACUAUCGGCAUUACAGAAACUACCUUUACGCUACGGGAGCACGAGAUGCUCAUGGUCGACGUUGGAGGGCAGAAAAGCGAGCGACGAAAAUGGAUACACUGUUUCCAAGACGUGACGAGUAUAUUGUUCCUGGUAAGCUUAAGCGGGUACGAUCAAUGUCUGGUGGAGGACAAGGAUGCAAACCAGAUGCAAGAUGCCAUGACUAUCUGGGAUUCAAUUUGCCACUCACAGUGGUUCAAGCAAACAUCAAUCAUUCUAUUUCUCAACAAAAACGAUCUUUUCGAGAAAAAAAUACCCACAUCUGAUAUAAAGAACUUUUUCCCGGAUUUCGAAGGCGAGCCAGGUGACGUCCGCGCCGGGCGGGAGUAUUUUAAACGUCGAUUCGCAAGACUGGCUCAGAAAGCGGGUAGAUCAAAAGAGAGAGAAAUAUACAUCCAUAUAACGACGGCAACUGAUACGGCGCUGCUCCGAGUAGUGAUGGCCGCGGUCGAAGCAUCACUCUCCGAUCAAGUCUCGAAAGUGCAGCAUUGA